GCUUUCCAGAUUUUUUUUUCCUUUCCCGGAAAAAAGUUUUGAUCUUUUUUCCUCGUUGGAGAGGGAUAGAUUGGCUGACAGACGAAGGGGAAAGAUGGGGGAGAUAAAAGACGAUUAAAUUUCUCUCACUACCCAGUAUACCCACCAACCCUUCUGCCUUCUGGGAUUCUUGUGAGAGAAAGUCGGUUUUUUUUUUCUUAGGAAAAAAAAAGUUUUGGACAUGUCGAGCAGUGCUGCUUCAUUGUGUUUUUCACCAACUCAUUUCAAUGGGUCUGGUCUCAGACCGGAAAGGGUUAUUCUUUCUCGCCCCAGUUCAUUCUUUUUCUCCAGAAGGAAAGCUCAUGCUGUUGUGAAGGCCUCCUCUCGUGUGGAUAAAUUCUCGAAAAGCGAUGUCAUUGUUUCUCCGUCAAUUCUUUCAGCCAAUUUCUCCAAAUUGGGCGAGCAGAUUAAGGCAGUAGAGUUGGCAGGAUGUGAUUGGAUUCAUGUUGAUGUAAUGGAUGGCCGUUUUGUUCCCAACAUCACCAUUGGACCUCUGGUGGUUGAUGCUCUACGCCCUGUGACUGAUCUGCCUUUGGAUGUUCAUCUCAUGAUUGUGGAACCUGAACAGAGAGUACCCGAUUUCAUCAAGGCCGGUGCUGACAUAGUCAGUGUACAUUGUGAGCAGUCAUCGACCAUCCAUUUGCAUCGUACCGUCAAUCAAAUAAAAAGCUUGGGGGCCAAAGCUGGCGUUGUGCUAAACCCUGCAACCCCAUUGAGUGCCAUAGAAUAUGUGUUGGAUGUGGUUGAUCUGGUCUUGAUAAUGUCUGUCAACCCGGGGUUUGGUGGCCAGAGCUUUAUCGAAAGCCAAGUAAAGAAAAUCUCGGACUUGAGAAGAAUGUGUGUGGAGAAGGGAGUAAACCCAUGGAUCGAAGUUGACGGUGGUGUAGGUCCAAAGAACGCGUACAAGGUUAUCGAGGCUGGAGCCAAUGCUUUGGUUGCUGGAUCAGCUGUGUUUGGAGCCAAAGACUACGCAGAAGCUAUAAAAGGAAUCAAAACCAGCAAGAGGCCGGAAGCAGUGGCUGUGUGAUGUGAUGUGCGGGCAAGCUAGACUCCGCUAAUCCCGAGUUUAUGAUACUCAGCACCUGAAUCCAAUGGACAGUUAAAAGGCAAAGAAGAUUUGCCUGAUGUUGUUGUUGUUGUUGCCAUUCGCAGGUUUCCAUCAUAUAUAUUCCGAGGAUGUAAUAAAGAGGCUGUAAGAAUGAAAGCCGGAAGCUGCAGAGUAAACAUUUAUACCCUUUUGUACGGACUGGGGAAAUGCCAGAUUGUACAGAAAACAUGAACUAUUUGUUUGCUCUCUUCAUGAAAGGACUGCUUUAGUAGCU